AAAUCGUCUGCAACUUCAGGAUCAUUUCACCCGAUGAUGGCCAUUGUGUGAUUUGGAGUGCUGUGAUAAAAUGGCUCUGCCUAGAGCUGUUCGGGAGUGGCUGUCCGAGUACAAGGCAUUAUCGACUGAGGAACUACCAAGUUACAUUUCAACAGUGAGACAGAAUGAAGAACUAGUGACCAGUCUUUAUUGUCUGUUUGAUAGUCUCCCCUCACUGGAGUCCCUGGAACCAGUGUACCAUCAGCUGUUUGAGUUUUACAGAUCUCGGGAGGCUGGACUAAAGCGGUUCACUUUGGAAUUUGUACCUACUCUCAUCUGGCUUUAUCUGUCAUCUCUCAGCAUCAACGGCAAGAAGGGUUCCAGUGGUCUAGAAGCAUUUCUGUUAGCUGUCUACAAUUUGGAAAUUGUUGACACAGAUGGAAAACCAAAAAUCAAAUCAUUCCGCAUUCCAACAUUUGGACAGAGCUCUGUGUACCAUGAGCCCGUCAGCUUGGGGAGUCUCGCUCUCACAGAAAGUGUGUUGUCACGAUAUAACCAGACUGAAGCUAAGAUAUGGCAGUCCGGACCUUUCCCACAAUAUGAGUCAAUAAACAGUCAGAACAGACAAGGAAUUCUAGCCUACCUCAUACAGUGCUAUAAUGUUGACGUGGCCAAUUUGUCCCCAGUAUCGCAUCAAAUGAUGUGUAAAGCAUGCUCUAGAAUUGCCACUACUGGUUUCACAAACCUGCAUCAGUUAGAGGAAGAUGAAGGCCAACCGCUAGCUAGCUUCCGGAUAGGAGAGGAAAGGUCAAAGGGCAAACGAAGGAGCCAAGUAGGAGAACUUCCCCCAAGGAUCCCUGUUAGCCCCGCUCUUCUUGUGGAGAUGCUCUCAGGAAUAUACUAUAUCAUGUAUAAUGGACAAACUUCUGCAGGGAUUAAGGCAGCCGUAGAUAUACAUCACAGAGCCUGCUACGAACUCUAUGCAGAUGUAUUGUUGGUUACAAAUGCUAUACGUAACUCGCUUCAGUGUAAUGCAGCUGGACAUUCAGACGGUCCAAUGGGGAUCAGUAUGUCGCUGACUCCGGCCACCUCUGGUCACAUGAUUUCUAAAUCAGCUAUCACAAAUGCCUCCUUCAGGGCACGCAAACUGCCAGAGGAUAUAAGUAUACCAACUACAGAGGAAGGAAUAAAACUGCAGACUAUUGAGGAAGAUGGAGAUGUGCAUAAGCCUGUACUCAAGUUAUCAAAGUCAGGAAAACUCUCGGCAGCAUUUGGAAAAAAGGGAGAAAAGUUCAAAUUAAAAGAUUCCAAGAAAGAAGGGGACAUUACUCCCCGACAGAACGGUGACUCUGUUGACAGUGUUCAAGUAGGGGUUGUGAAAAAUAGCUCUCGAUCCAUUGUAGAUAAUAUAGAAAUGCAGAAAUUUUCGACUCAUGAAGACUUGGAGGAGAAAACAAGCAGCAGCGGGGGUAGUAGUAUUCUUCAUAUGGCUAAAUUAAAAACAACAAGCGCACUAGGACUUACAAAGGAACUGAAAAAUAAACAUUCUCGAAAUCCAUCUUCUUCAUCUGUGAAUACGGAGAAUUAUAGUACAGAUUUAUAGAAUGACUCUAGCUACUAG